UAUUAAUGCAAAUAUAAAUUGUAAAUAUUUAAUAAAUGAGAGUUGUAUUACAAAGAGCAAAAAGUGGAAGUGUAACCGUUGCAGGUCAAGUAAUAUCAUCAAUUAAUCAUGGUAUUGUUUGUUUAGUUGGUAUUAGCAGAGAUGAUACUGUAAAAGAUGCUGAAUGGUGUUUAAGAAAACUAUUAAAUAUCAGAGUUUUCCAAAAUCAAGAGGGUAAGGGAUGGGCUAAAUCAGUUGUUGAAAUGAAUUAUGAUGUGUUAUUAGUAUCACAGUUUACACUCUAUGCAACUUAUAAAGGAACCAAACCAGAUUUCCAUAUAGCAAAAACCCCAGAAGAGGCAAAGGUCUUUUAUAAUCAAUUUUUAGAAAUGGCUAAAAAAGCAUAUAAACCAGAAAAAAUUCAUGAUGGUCAAUUUGGUGCUAUGAUGGAUGUUUCUAUUGUAAAUGAUGGUCCAGUUACUUUAAUUUUUGAUUCAAGAGAAGGUAAGUCAGCCCCACCAACCCCAUCACAAGAAUCAAAGGAACCAAAAGAGCCAAAACAACCAAAAGAACCAAAACAACCCAAAGAACCAAAAGAACCAAAACAACAACAAAAACAAAAUGAAAUAAGUGAAAAAUCUCAAUAAUCAACCAAAAUUUUAGGAUUCAUUGUUAAUAAUAAAAUUUUAUUUAUUUAAAAAUUUUAUGGAAAGAUAAAAUAUACAUAAAUUCACUUUCAAAUCAAUUAUAAUAUGGAUUCAUUUUUAUUCCGAAGAUAUAGUUGAGAUUACGCAAAAUAAAAAAAUAAAAAUUUUUAACAU